AUGAGAGAAAAUUCCCAAAGUUUUCUUUACAAUUUGGAAAAGACGGAUUUCAUCAUAAAAAAAGUGACUAAAGGAUUUCUACUAGAAAAUGACGAUUCCAUAUUAUGUCUAGAAAGUGCAGAUCUCGAUGUAACUAGAGUUUUGUUAGCUCAAGUUUUGAUAAACUUUAAAAAAGAUGCAAUUUUCAAAGAAAAUUUAAACGAAAUUUUUUUCAUUGAUUUCAAUAGUUUUAUUACAUUGACCACAAAACAAAAUGGAGAUUUUGUGAAACAUUUCCCUAAUUUAUUGGUUUGCAUUUGGGACAAUCAAGAACAAUUAAGUAAACAAUUAUUGCAUUUAUUGAAAUCUUGGAUAAACGCUAUCAAGUUAAAUGGCAAAAAAAUUAUUUUUAUUGUGAAAAAUUCAAAACAUCUGGAAGAAAUUAUGAUGGACAAUCAAACAACAAAUAUUUUUCCAUUGAAAUUGAAUGAAUUGUGGAAAAAAAGUGAAAUAUUAUCGACAAAUAAUCAAGCCACUUGUGAGGUUGAAAAUACUUUAAUAAACAUUGAAUCAACUUCAGCAAGAGCCUUGGAUGAAGGUACGAAUAAUAAUUUAAAGAAAGAAGAAUCAACUAAAAAAACCUCAUCACAAGAUGAGGUAACAACUAAGGAAGCAAAUUUAAAGAAUUUAUUACAAUCACUUGGUGUGGAAGAAUUGGAUGCUGUAGAUAAUAGAGGCGAUACUCAAUUGCAUUUGGCAGUUCUAGAUGGAAAAACAGAAAUUGUUCAAUCGCUUUUAAUUCACGAAGCGAAAAAAGACGUAAAAAAUAAUUGGGGCUCAACAGCUCUUCAUUAUGCAGCUGAAAAAGGUGACAGUACAAUUGUUCAUCUAUUGCUUCAAAACGGAUUUAAUGUAAAUGCCACUAACAAUUAUUAUCAAUACACUCCACUUCAUUACGCAAGUUUAUACCAUAAUGAUGCCCAUUUGAUAGAAAUUCUUUUAAAAUUUGGUGCAGAAAUGGAAAGAAAAGAUAAUCAUGGCAGAACAGCUCUUCAUUGUGCAUCUAAAAAUGGUCACAGUGAAAUAGUAAAUUCAUUGCUGAAAAAUGACGCUAAUAUAAACGCUCAAGACAACAAUGGAGAUACACCCUUGCACUGGGCUACAUCAAGCAAUAAACCAGAAGUUGUUUUAAUAUUUCUACAACAUGGCGCCCUUUUAAACAUUAAAAAUAAAUGGCAACAAAAUGCCCAUGAUUGCGCCAGAUUAUUGAGUAGAACCAAUGGUAGAACUGAAAUGAUUCAAAUAUUGAAAAAUCAUAAAUGA